AUGCCUUCCCUCAAGCUUCUCCUAGCAAUCUUUAUCCUCUUCAGUCUGUACAUUCAGACUGGCCUGGCUGAAGUUGCCAACCCUACUACCACCAGCGUCGCGCCCACUGACGACAACAUUGGAGCCCCUGCCCCCCUCUAUCCCACUGGUGACGAUAUCCCCAUUGGCAAUGACGAUGAAGGCUUCGUUGAUGAUGCCGUUAACGACGACACUGUUGUCGACGAAAACGACGACGCUGACCUUGAUGUCUCAGCUGAUCCGACUGACCCGGACACCCUCUUUGGCGAUGAUCAGGGCCGCAAGAAGAUGUGCCGUGGAAGAUGCCGCCGCAUCGGUGGUGGCAAGGUCUGCCAUUGCACUCAGAACGGCUUUGGCUCCUGCAAAUGCCGUAUUGCCCAUGCGCCCUGCCGCUGCAUUGUGCGUAUUUUAUCUACGUCAGCGUCUCUCUUCCACAGCUUUGACAGGGAUCGAGGAUCUGGGUGGUGGAGGCUGGAUUAA